AUGAAACACUUUGUUGUUUUUUUGCUUCUGUUCUUGGUUUGUAAUAGUGAAAAAUACAGAAGUAAGAUUCUAUUUAGAUGUGCAUUAACUUGUAUUUUCCAUCAAUUGAAGGCCUAGUUUAGCUAACAUAUACGACGGUAUUAUAUGUCUGUAAAAACUGCACUUUAUGCCAUAAAACCCCCAAACAUAUAAUUUUCUAAAACAAACUUAACAACCUAUCAUCUACACCUUUAGAAUGGCACUGUGGAAACGAUAGUUUAUACGAAAAAGCCAAAUAUGCGAUGCAAACAUACGAUGAUAUAAAAGAUGUGUACAGUAUAUUAAAAGUAAGCUUGCCUGGGCACACAAUUUUCGUUAGUCAGUACGCUCGUGCUGAUGUAUCGUUGACCCAAAUCUAUGAAGGUGGAGGAUGGAAGAUGGUAAUGCCACACACUAGAGUACAGAAUCCAAAUCUGUGCAUGGUUCUGAGAUCUGACAAGUCUUGGCUAGUAGUGAUGGGCAAGGUCGAUGAUCGGGAGCCACAGUUUAUUGGUUUACAAUGUAAGUGUUACUAGUUUAGUGCUGUUACGUAAAAAGGAAGCAACAAAACUAUUGUUUUCUGUGAUAGUAAACUCACAAGGUAAUUGAACAUACAGUUACAUUUAUUGAAAUAGUUUUUUAUAAAACUUUUGACCAAUUUUAAAUCUUUUUUUAAAAAAAAAGUACGUUUUAAAAUUUGUUUAAUACUCAAAUUUAAACUUUACAGCCAGUAAUUACACUCACUCACACGCUGACGACAUCUGA